GUUUUUGGGGAUUUCUUGAAAGUUCCACCUUUGAGGGGUUUCGACUUUCGAGUGUGAGGGAGACAAGUAACACUGAGACUGAGGCGGAGAGAAAUAGAGGGGACGACCGGUAUUCGGAGGUGCCUUCCUACUCAGAGAAACCCUAGGAAGUUUAGGAUUCCAGUAACAGAAUUGGCCGCAGCCGCAAUUCCCGAUCUUCCCUCUUGUUCCUCCGUUGUGUUAAGUCUGCCGAGACGGGGGAGACUGGAGACGGAAAGGAGCGAUAGAGUCUGUUCCGCAGAAGGCCCAACUACACAAUCGGGCUGAUUCGGUCUCUGUCCGGUCACCUUCACCCUGCUUUAGACUCCAUCCUUCCAGCUCUGCAUGCGACCUGGUGCAUCGACCACCAGGUUUCGUCUGGCGCUGUCUCUGGCAAGAAAGCACCGGGAAAGAUAUAGCCUCAGUUUAGUGGAUCGAACUCCUUGGUGCUUGACCUGGUGGGACUGAGACUUUGGUUGUAAGUUCCUUCCCCUUGGGCGACAUAACUCCUCAAGCUUCACCUCCAGCUCCAGCUCCAGCUCCAGCUCCAGCUCCAGCUCCAAAGCCCUCCUCAAUUCUGUGAUCGAAGCCAAGUUUCAGGCCUGCCCUGGGUGUUAUCGCCAACUUCAGUUGCAGGUGCUUCCCACAUCCUUCCAGCCUGCCGACCUGACCAACUAUUAUGUGGAUUUGGAAGAGCCUCCUCUUGCGACCCCACGCUUGAAAUUUCAGGCCUAACAGAGAGGGUUUGAAGGAGCUACUCCCAUCACAAGCUGCUGCCCCUUCUCUUCUUGCUGGUCGACCAAGGAAGGAGAAGACUUGGUCGUGGGUUAUUUAGGGCAACUACUCCCCUGGUUGAGAUAUUGUGUUACACAUGGCUGCAAGAGGACACAUACCGUCAUCCUUUGAGGGACGUGUUGUCCAAGCUCCAGGGAUGAUGCGCCAUGGUCCAUAUCCUGGAGCUGGCCAACGCCUUCUAGAGCCACUUCCUCCAGAACUACUGGAGAACAAGGUAGCCAUUCAGGCAGAGGAGAUUGACCGGCUUGUGAGGGAAAAUCAAAGAUUGGCUGGUACUCAUGUGGCCCUGAAGGAGGAGCGCCUUGCUGCUCAACAGGAGAUGCAGAGGCUGCAGGCACACAUUGGAAGCAUCCAAACAGAAAGUGAUAUUCAGAUUAGAGUCCUGUUGGAAAAGAUUUCAAAAAUGGAGGCAGAAGUUAGAGCCAGUGAGAGUUUAAAAACAGAAUUGCAACAGGCACAUUUGGAGGCACAAAGUCUGAUAGUAGCUAGAAAAGAGCUGAAUGCCCAGAUUCAGCAUGCUACUCAGGAAUUACAGAAAACCCUUUCUGAGGUUAAGGAACUACCAGAGAUGCAUGCCGAGCUUGAUGGUUUGAGGGAAGAACACCAGAGGUUGCGUGCUACUUUUGAAUAUGAAAAGGGUUUAAACAUUGAGAAAGUGGAACAAAUGCAAGCAAUGGAGAGAAAUCUGGUAUCCAUUGCAAGAGAAGUAGAGAAGCUUCGAGCUGAGGUCUUGCAUGUAGAGAACAGGGCACGUGCUCCAAACCCAUACGGCGGAAUGUAUGGAAUGCAAGAUCCAUCGCAUCUGCAUUCUCUUCAAGGUGAUAGUAUCUAUAUGGAUGGUUAUGGAAGACCUCAGGUUCAGAUGGGUGGGAGAGCAGGAGAGGGAACACACAUUUAUGGCAGUACCAGUAAUAAUGGUGGCGGUGGUGGUGGUGGUGGUGGUGCUGCUGCUGCUGUUGGUGGUACCAAUUCUGUUUCUGCUGUUGCUGGUGGUGGUGCAGGUACUCCAGCUACUAAUGGCAGUGGUAGUCAGGGAGGAACAUAUGAUGCUAUGAGGGGAGCCCCCUCAGUUGCAGGAAGGACCCAAACUGCUUAAGCCGAGGUUUUAAAAUUGCCAGUCCGCUCCCCCAGGCUGCACCAUACUUAAAACGUUUUUUAGUAAGAGCAGGGUUUUCUUAACCCAUCUUGCCCCAACAAAAACUCAUCUUCUGUAUUCAACUCAUCCAUCUGUACGUAUUGGUGCCGGUGCUAGCACCGACGUGGGUUGCUAGCUUUAUGUCAACUCAUCCAUCUGUGAUCGUAUUUCUCAUCAUAUUGUUACUGAA